AUGCAAAAGUCCUAAGUAAAGACGGAAUGAGGAGUCCGUGGUAGUACGUCGGGAGCAGCAUGUAGUUAAACACGGAGUACGUUGCUCGACUUUACCGGUUGGCGUUUCCGAUACUUACACUUGGGGGAAAAAACAUAUUUUUGAACCUUCGUCUGACACCAUGUUCCUGCGCGGGUCUAAAAAGCGACGGUCGAACCGCACGGAGGAGGAAGAGGACCCUGACCGAGGCCAGCCCUGUAUGCGCUGCGGAGACCGGUGCCCUGGCUUCCGUGUCCACGGCUGGAGGAAGAUCUGCGUACACUGCAAGUGUGUGCGAGAGGAGCACGCAGUGCGGUCGGUGCCGGGGCAGCUGGAAAAGAUGAUGACCAAGCUGGUGUCAGACUUCCAGAGACACUCCAUCUCCGAUGACGACUCGGGAUGCGCCUCCGAGGAGUACGCCUGGGUCCCACCUGGGCUCAAGCCUGAACAGGUAAUGACCGUGGCGCCGAGGCUGAAACCAGAGCUGCAGGCACGGAAGGUGUACCAGUAUUUCAGCUGCCUGCCUGAAGACCGGGUGCCUUAUGUGAACAGUCCGGGGGAGAGAUACAGAAUCAAACAGCUGCUGCACCAGCUCCCAGCCCAUGACAGCGAGCCCCAGUACUGUAACUCUCUGGACGAGGAGGAGAAAAAGGAGUUGCGUCUGUUCAGUCAUCAGAGGAAAAGAGAAAACUUGGGCCGAGGCGUUGUCAGACUUUUCCCAGUGACCAUGACGGGAGCUAUCUGCCAACAGUGUGGCAGACAGAUCUGCGGCGGAGAUAUCGCUGUGUUUGCCAGUCGGGCAGGACACGGCAGCUGCUGGCACCCUCAAUGUUUCCAGUGCGCAUCCUGCAACGAGCUGCUGGUCGAUCUAAUCUACUUCUACCAGGACGGGCAAAUAUAUUGUGGCCGGCACCACGCUGAGAGGCUCAAGCCCCGCUGCCAGGCCUGUGACGAGAUCAUUCUCGCUGACGAAUGCACAGAGGCAGAGGGGAGAUACUGGCACAUGAAGCACUUCUGCUGUUUUGAGUGUGAGGCUGCUCUGGGCGGCCAGCGUUACAUCAUGAGAGAGAGUCGACCGUACUGCUGUUCCUGCUACGAGUCCCUGUAUGCAGAGUACUGCGACACCUGUGGAGAGCACAUAGGUAUCGACCAGGGCCAGAUGACGUACGAGGGUCAGCACUGGCACGCCGUGGAGUCGUGCUUCUGCUGCGCUCGCUGUCGUCUGCCGCUGCUGGGGCGCCCCUUCCUACCUCGCGGGGGACUCAUCUUCUGCUCCAGGUCCUGCUCGCUGGGCGAGGACCCCAAUAACUCAGACUCGUGCGACUCAGCGCUGCAGAGCAGGUCCCCUCAUCACGGCAGACAGUGGGGCACCGCAGAGAGACACUUUCAGCUGCAGUGUGGUUCUCCCCUGCAGUCCCUAGAGGGCGCCAAGCCCCCUGCGAGUCCUGCCAAAGACUGCGCUCACGCUCCCGAGGAGAACAGAGGCGUCCACUGCCCGGCUCCAGUUCAGCAUCCAGAUCCUCCACCCAAUGGUCUGCCCCCUCCAAGAGGUUCCUACUCCCCUCUGCCCCACAUUCAUCUGGGAAAUGGCUUGGGACCGUCUUGGCCCAGCAACGUGCCACAUUACAGUUUAUUGUCAGGGGACUGUGGUGUCAAGCCUCCAGGCUGUGGUUUUCAGUUCCAACAAGAGCUAAAUGGAAAUACUGGACUAACUGGUCGUAACUCCAGAGGAACUUCCACCGACAAAGACUGUAGGAACUGGGUGGAAAAGACAAAUCAAGCUAUGCAGGGGUUUUCUCCUCAGAAAAACUCACAUAUCAGCCAGUUUGUUUCAUCUGAGUCGCCCCCCCUCUCAUCAAGCAACUCUCCCGUCCUGCCACCUCCUCUUCCAGCAAAGUCUCGUGAAUUGACACCCCGAGACUCGCCUUCUCCGAUCAUCUUCCAACCAGAGGACCAGCCCUGUGCCUCCCCUCCCCCGAUAAGUCGCAGUGGCACAGCCAGAGUCAGUUUCCGGGAGCCAAUCAGCAGCAGCUACUCUGUGGAGGAGGACGACGAUGAGGAGGAGAAUGAAAAUGAGGGGGGGCUUGGGGAAGAAAGUAGAGAAAAUCAGCAGGAUGAAGAGGAGGUGGAGGAGGGAGGUUUCGGAAGCAGGCUGCAUCUGCAGAAAGGCAUCCCACCGCAGAUGGAUCUGCUGGAUGGCUCCUCGUAUCAACAGCGCAGUCUGAGACGGGGGUGGGGGCGUUGCCGCAUUCCCUCAGACCCGGCUCUCCACCCGGGGUCAGAGAGGCGCUGUCGGAGCUUACGGCCCGACCGGCCCCGACUGGACAUCCUGGACUGGAGAAGUGAGAAGGACAGGGACGGCCGGGGCUCCUCCAGGGGCUCCUCUCUGACCCUCCAGCCAGGGCAGUACAAACAUGAAGACUGCUCCACCUGCUCCUCGUCCUCUGACUCGGAGGAGGAAGGCUUCUUCCUGGGACAGCGCAUCCCUCUGCCCCCACAACUUCAAAAGCAGCAGGCUGUGGAAGGCCAGGACAGGGAGGAGGAAGAGGAGGGGAGGGACAUGAAAAGAGACUUUGGACUAAGGGGCAGCUUAAGGAGGAGGAGGGCUCUCAGCCAGAGUGCAAAGGACAAAGAUAAAAACUGUGCUAUCUCCUAACCAACAGCAACCGAAAACACGGCACAUUACCUUCUUAAAUAAAUCCCGGGGCACUAGGAUAACUUCUAAGCAUUAUUACUGUGGUGUUAAUUGGGCUUCUGGUGGUGAUGUAGUGUUUUUGAAAGGCUGAAAAAUUCCCUCUGUCCCUGACUUCUGAUAAGGGAGCAGACUAACCUCAGAGAAGCCUCUGCCUUGUGUUUCUGGUAUUGAUGUCUCACCGUUGGACUUUUUGGUAUUAUGUCAUAUAAUAUUAUGGAAUAUUAUGAAUGAAUCAUGUGCACAAUGUGAAUAUGGAGUGAGUAUUUGAUAAGACCUGCGUGCAGUUGAUUGAAAGUGGCUUUGAUGUCGCUGUGAAAUGUUACUGCUCUAACAUGUUUACAUAUGCUUCACACAGGGCCAGUUUCAGGAGGACAGGGUUCCACUUUGGCCUUAGUCACCUAAUUUGGACAGAAUACUUUCCAUCACUGUGAAAUGUUCCUUCGAACCGGAUUUUUUUUUGUCUAAUUUAUCCCACCAUGUUCACAAAGCAAUGUUCUUUAGCACUACAUGUCAAAGCAGUCAAUGGGAGACAAACGUUAUGCAAUUAUUUUUUAACCCAAACGUAGCAGUUGUUGUUCUCUGGCUGAAAAAAUAUGGCAUUGUCAUUACUCCCUUUAAUGAUCAAAAUGAACUUUUUAAUGUGUUUUUUUUCACUUUUCGAGUUUGGAUUACCACAAACAAAUUGCCAUAAUAACACUGUUUCUUAAAUUUCAUUUAUCUGUGCUGUUAAGUGCAAUCUUCAUGUGGAUGUGAUGUUUUACAUUUGUGGAUUCAAAAAGACCAAAUGUAAAGGUCUCUAUUUGCUGACACGUGGUGAUUUUUCUGAUGUGUGGGGGUUGCUGUUGAAUCUGAACAAAACACUGUAAGGUCAACUUAAAAGUCAUCUAUUUUUAUGUACACAGUGUGAGUCACUCUUCUUUGUAUUAUCUGAGAUAAAACUACACAUGAAAUACCUGCAUUUUACUAUG